CAGUCGGGACGGUGGCGGACUGUGAACGUGUGUCUGUCAAUAGCGCUUAUUUUCAGUGAAGGUGCGUGUCCCCUUCGGUCGCCCGACAAGGAAUGCACUCCGCGGCUCAGUGGCGCUGACACGAAAUUAAGAAGGAAUAUUAAAGACAGGCCUUGUUGUCAUCACAUUCGAGUUUCCUUUAUAAUUUAUCUCUGUAGGUAGCUAAAACAAAUCGCAGAAGACAUCAAGUGAUUGUUGCAUUCUCCGAGUGAGAGGGGAGGCGAGGGGGCGGCAAGCGGGGAGACGGGAGAGAACGACGGGGGAAUAGUGAGCCUGGAGCGGUCGAUGAGUUCGGAGCAGGGCGGAGAGCCGCAGAAGCAGGAGGAGGCUGAGCCGGGACCGGACACCACAGGAGAGGGGGAGAGAACGGCCAAGACCGGCGGAGACCAAGGCGGCAUGGUCACCUCAAAGGGAGCAGGCUUGAAUCCCAAUGCCAAGGUGUGGCAGGAGGUCCCUGCAGCCCCCAGCAACGUUCCUGUAGAUGGCAGCGAGGGCUCUCAUUGGCCUCAGACUGUUCCCUCAACUGAUGACAUCACUGAAGGUUACUUGGAGCCCCCUGCCUCUGAGUGUAAGUCCUGCCUUGUGGGGUUCAGCAGUCCCACGACACCCACUGAGAGCACUAUUAAUGGCAUGGACCCCCCUCCAGACCUGGUUUUCACCCUCUCUCAGCCCACACCUGGGACAAAAGUGGAGGGCCAGCUCUCUGAGGAGCAGCCCAUUUCGACAGAGACCUUGCGCGAAUCCCUCAAGAAGCAGCUGGAGUUCUGCUUCUCCAGAGAGAAUCUGUCCAAGGACCUGUACCUGAUGUCACAGAUGGACAGUGACCAGUUUGUCCCUGUGUGGACUGUCGCCAACAUGGAGGGCAUCAAGACAUUGACCACAGACAUUGAACUCAUUCUGGAUGUACUGAGAUCGUCUCCCAUGGUUCAAGUGGAUGAGAAGGGGGAAAAAGUACGUCCCAACCACAAGCGCUGCAUCAUUAUUCUCAGGGAGGUGCCUCAGACUACGCCAGUAGAGGAAGUAGAGUCUCUCUUUAAAAAUGACAAUUGUCCAAAGGUGAUAAGUGUCGAAUUUGCGCACAAUAACAACUGGUACAUCACAUUCCAGUCGGAUAUUGAUGCCCAACAGGCACACAGGUAUUUAAGGGAAGAAGUCAAAACUUUUCAGGGGAAACCAAUCAUGGCAAGAAUAAAGGCCAUCAACACCUUCUUUGCAAAGAAUGGUUACCGCAGCCUGGACUCCAGUGUGUACUCCCAGCAGUCCCAGUCACAGUCCCAGUACAGCUCACCGCUCUUUAUGCAGCACAUCUACAGCCCCCAGCAGCAGUACCCCCUCUAUGGAAUUGUGCCCCAGACCUGGACUCCUUCCCCAACACCGUACUUCGAGACCCCUCUGGCACCCUUUCCCAACAGUGGAUUUGUGAAUGGAUUUGGCUCUCCUGGCCACUACAAAAGCAGCUCUGGCUCCAUCAACAUCAAUCGGCCUUUCAGCAGAAACCGUGUUCCUCUCUAUUCAAGAAAGAAUGUAAUAAAUGCCUUCAGGAACCACGUGAAGCCUCAGCUGAGGCCCCAGGAUGGGGCCCCCCCAUCUGGAACCCCUCUACCAGCAGUGGACGGUUCCCAAAGUCCCCAGCCCCCCCGGACUGGCCGAUCUGAGCCAAACGCCUCUUUCACCCCAAGAGAUGCUCAUCUUUCCCCCCCUGAGAUCAGUGAUGAUUCCAGUGCUGCCGGCAGGGGCAGGAGAGGAGCGUACCGGGGGACGCGGAGGAGAAGAGAAGAUGACCGAUCCACGAGGCCACUUGCCCCAGCGGAGGUCAAGCUUCAGCCACCUAAGUUUGACCUGGCUGCCUCUAGCUUCCCUCCGCUACCUGGAUGUGUGGUCAGCACGCAGGGAGGGGAGCCUGUGCUGGAGAACCGUAUGUCAGACGUAGUGCGCGGUUUGAACAGAGAGAAGCUGGAUGUGACCAAAGAGUCCGCUGUUGGUUCUACCACUGUUUCAGAAGAUGCAAUCCGUAUGUCCACCCCUGCCCAGCCAGUCUGCAAACCCACCCUGCCCACAUUGGAGCACCCUGGCUCCAGUGCAAACUACCAGGAGAAGAAACUGGAGAAGCCAGAGCCUUCUAUCUCAAAAGACACACCUCCAACCCCUGCCACUCCCUCAGGAGCAGCUCUACCUUCCCACACACAGACCCCUCCUACCUCCAAAGUCCCACGCACCCUAACUGGCCCAACCACUGCCUUACCUUUCACUGUAUCGCCUGUCCCCCAGGCUCCAGUAGUGCACUCUGAGCCCCGCAAACUGAGCUAUGCGGAAGUGUGCCAGCGUCCGCCCAAGGACCCGCCCCCUCCCUCAUCAGGCCACGCCCCUGGCAGCACAGCAGCGCAGCCCCUGCGUGAGCUGCGCGUGAACAAGGCAGAUGAGCUGACCCCUGCCAGCGGCAGCCCUGGCGAGCGGCAGGAAAAGCCUGCUGAGAACCGAAUGUCUCGCGACACACCCCCGUCCCAUCGUGGCCAUGGUCCCCCCAAGGCAGGCGGGGCGGGUCUCAAACUGCGAGAUCAGCAGAAGCGCCCCCCUUUCACCCGCCGCAGCUCCCCUCAGGGGGGCCUGCGGCAUGCGGGCAAGGAGCAGAACAUCCCCCCACGAUCGCCAAAGUAAAACUCACAUGAAUUAAUGAAAAAUCAACACGUAAAUAAGUACAUAUAUAAAUAUAUAUAUAUAAAUGAGUAUAUAUAAAUGGGUAUAAAAAAGAGCAGUUGAAAAAGGUUCCAUCUCCUUCUCCCUGGAAACAUCUCCAAACGGUGUUUGGAACAGACUUGAUGGGCUGGGACAUUCCAGGAAAAUGCAACAAAAUGAAAAAAAACGAUAAACUCAAGGAGAUGAUGAGCCAAGAAUAUUACAAUCAAUGAAGAAAACAUCUCAGUUUCAGCGACU